AUGGCACACUACCUAUCCAAUUUAAACAGCGGUGACAAAUAUGACGCGGGCCCAAACUACCACUCCAACAAGGUUUUUAAUUCAAAGUUGGUUCUGUUAGGAGACACAUCGGUAGGGAAGUCCUGCAUCGUCGUGAGAUUUGCCAAGAAUGAAUUUUAUGAGUACCAGGAGUCGACCAUUGGUGCUGCCUUUAUGACUCAACUGAUCGACAUAGGCGAGUGCACCAUCAAGUUUGAAAUUUGGGACACUGCAGGGCAGGAAAGAUACAGAAGCCUGGCCCCCAUGUAUUAUCGGGGCGCGUCAGCAGCCGUCAUCGUGUACGACAUAACAAACAAGAAGUCCUUCGAAGGCGCCAAGGGGUGGAUCCACGAGCUGAAGUCGGUGCACUCCAAUGACAUCAUCAUAGUUCAUUCCUUGCUUGCCCUUCCCCCGC